AUGCCAGGGAAGGAUCAUCACGAUUUGAACAAUGUCGAACAAAACGCUGUUGAAAAAUGCAAUAGUGAGGUACACUAUGAAACAAGUUAUUGUUACAUGACGCUGCUUCCAGGAAAAAUUAGAAGCAGAAUGUACAGCAUAUGGGCACAACUUUUACGAAGCUACUGCUUGCAUGCCAUCUUCAUGCAAUGA